CUUAGUUUAAAAAAAUGAUUAACGUACUCAACCCUAGAAAUAACCAAAUGCAAUCUAUAACAAAUGCUGCAUUUUUUAAUGUUUGCUAAUAUAGUAAAAUUAUUUACCGAUAAUUUGUCAAAUUUGUCUCACUUGUAUGGUUUCUAAAUUCUGAAUUUUCCGGAGAAACUUUGCAUAUUUAUUUCAUUAUCGAUCUUCGAGUCACUGAGUUAUGAUAGACGGAGUUUACAAUUAUGUAAGAAAUAUUUGAUAUAUAUCGACAUUCUAGAAAAAUAACAAAAUAACUAACCGUUAUUUUAGCUCCGAAUUUUUAUUCAACAUUCAACAUUCGUUUCGAGACAUUCAUUUGCAUUCCGAUAAACUAAUAAUACAAUUUAAGAAACGUGUGGUAAAUAUUGUUCAUGUUGGUCUUUUUUUAUUUUCUCUAACAAUUGAUUUUCUCUAACUUCUUUUAUUUCUCACUACUCUUUUCUUUUGUGCUCGAAAUAUUCUCGAUGUGUGAUCUUAAUAUACGAGUAUGAGAUACGUCACGAUAAUAUAUCGCAUUCCAUGCCGAGCUCGUAUAUCAACCGUUCUCAAUCGCGUUUCUUCUUCAUACAAUAAUUUGCGUUCCUUAACAGAACUUCUUCAUUGUCCUCGUAGUCGCGAUCAAUGUACUACCGGACAUCGGUAUCGAAUCGUUAAAUUGGUGGAGUAAUAUCGUAACGUUUACGAUUGCCGCCUUAUCAGUAUUGAUAAUUAAUUUACAGUGUCUGGGGUUCGUUCGUGCUUAGUAAGGUUUUUCAACGGUAUCUUUUGUUGUAACGCAAUCUUAUUUUUCUAACGCGAGAUUUAAACUUUGAACUUUGCGACGUGAUGCGACACGGUGAUAUAAAUAAAAAAUUAAAUAUCUGACACGUGCGUAAUUAUAGUGAAGUAAAAGGAUAAAAAUAACGAUGAAAAACUCGAAUGGCGUGAAAAACCCCGUGGACGGAACAGAUCCGAACGAGACUACCACGUUAAGACUGAAGUUGGAGACCUUCGACGAUAUCUUGCCACACGUCGGUGACUUCGGCAGAUAUCAGUGGCUGCUUUUAGUGGCUUUGCUUCCCUACAGCAUGGCAUAUGCUACUCUAUACUUUUCGCAGUUCUUCCUCACUUUGGUACCGCACGAGCACUGGUGCAAGAUAGAGGAAUUGGUUUCUUCGAACUUUACGCAGGAAGAAAGAGUGGAGCUCAGCAUACCGAAGUCUCCGGAUUAUCCGUAUUACGAUCAAUGUCAUCGACGGGAUGUGGAUUUUUUCCCCAUUCUAAAUCACAAGGAUGUACGCUCAAUCGAAUGGGAGACGAACAACACUGUAAACUGCAAUCAAUGGGAAUACAAUUUCACGGAGAUUCCGUACGCCAGCAUAGCGGCUGAGCUAGAUUGGGUAUGUGACCGGGAAUAUCUCAUCUCGACGGCACAGUCGAUCUUCUUCUGCGGCUCCAUCGUCGGCGGUUUCCUCUUCGGAUGGAUCGCCGAUCACAGAGGGCGGAUUCCCGCCCUGAUGCUGUGCAACGGCGUCGCUCUUCUGGCGUCGAUCGCGACCGCGAGCUGCAACACCUUCUGGUCCUUCGCCGUCUGCAGAUUUCUCACCGGUCUGGCUUUCGACAAUUGCAUCAACAUCCCGUUAAUUAUCGUGGUCGAGUACAUGGCUGUGAACAGACGAACCCUGGUCGUUAAUGUCGCCUUUGGUUUAUAUUUCGCUGUUGGAAGCACAGUUCUACCGUGGAUCGCAUAUUACGUCGCGAAUUGGAGAUUCUUCGCUUAUGUCAGCGCGGUGCCAAUGAUGAGUGUCUUUAUCACACCUUGGAUUCUUCCUGAAAGUGCUCGAUGGUUCAUCGCUAAUGGCAGAAUGGACAAAGUGGUGCAGAAGUUGCGGCAUAUAGCCAGGGUUAACAAGAAGAACCCCGAUACACGCGUCUAUGAAAUCUUCGUCAGGAACUUGACAGCGGCCGAGAAUCAAACAGAAAGCGCGACCAUAUUCGAUCUGAUGAAAUCACCGCGUUUAGCGAGGAUCACAAUCUUACUAAUUUUGUUCUGGUCUUUGACGAUGAUAGCCUUUGACGGCCACGUAUACUCCCUCAAGCUGAUCCCGAGCUCGGUGUUCGUGUCCUUCUCCCUCGCUUGUGCGACCGAGCUGCCAGCAGGGCUGUUGCUGACGUUGCUAUUGGAUCGUUGGGGUCGCCGAUUUUGCGGAUUUAUCACUCUGGCCAUGACUUGCCUCUUCAGCUUCGCCGAGUUGCUGUUGCAGUCGAUUGUAGGAAAAUUGACAAUGUCGGUGCUCUCGCGAUUUUGCCUGAAUAUGGCGGCCAAUGUGGGUCUACAAUAUGCCGCGGAAUUAUUACCGACGCCCAUCAGGACACAAGGAGUCUCGUUGAUCCACAUUUUUGGUAUAGUUGCUCAUUCCAUCGCGCCAUAUGUGGUGGACAGCGCGAAAAUUUGGGACGGUCUGCCGAUGAUGAUCAUCAGCGUCGUGUCUCUGUUAGCUGCUACGCUGAUAUUAUUUCUACCGGAGACGCUCGGACGUGAUCUCCCGCAAACUCUACGUCAGGGUGAGGAGUUUGGCAAGGAUCAAAGCUUCUGGGCGCUACCCUGUUGCAAGAGAUCGGACCGACAUCGACAUUAUCGUCCACGCGAGAUAUAGUUAUUUUUUUAAUUCUGUUUUAAUAUAUAAUUAUAAUAUUCUCGCUGCGAGAAUAUCAAGAAAUGUAAUAAUAAGUUUUUUAAUGCCGCUCUUCUUUUGUGUUCGACGUGUGAUAAUAUAACUAGUAUAUCUCCUUUUAUAUCGAUCAAUAAAAUUUCUAGACAAGAUAAAAAUAAUCUCAAUUCGAUGAGCGUUCUCUUUCAGAUUAAGGGAAUUGGAUAUUUAUAUUCUAUAACGAGCAGAAAUGAUAGCAAAUACGAGGAUAAAAUAAAAUGUCUUUUUAUUUUGCAUCA